AUGGCGUUGAUUGCUGUUUUUUUCCUACUUCCUGCAACAAUAUUCAUGGAGCCCAAUGUUCUUGCCAUCACAGUAACACUUGCUAGGGAAGAUAAAAAGAUCAUUUGUUUUCUGCUUUUCAAUUCCUCCAUGGCUUAUUUCGUCAACCUAACCAAUUUCCUCGUUACCAAACAUACUAGUGCCUUGACUCUACAGGUUCUUGGUAAUGUCAAAGGUGCAGUGGCAGUUGUGAUUUCAAUACUGAUAUUCAGAAACCCUGUAUCCUUAACUGGGAUGCUGGGCUAUGCAGUUCUGGUUCACCCUUGUAAACUAGGUUUUAGUUUCUUGUCGGGUUUCCAGAACUCCGACAAGAAACUAAAAUAUGGCUUGGCUUUUCCUAGGUUUCCAGAACUCUGA